AUGCUGUCGCUGGAAAGCUGGCUCAGGCGCAUCAAGAGCUGCGUUAGGAGCCGUCAGGGUAACGGUAGGUGUGCCGCGCGCAGGAUGGAAGGUGUGCUGCUCUUGCCUACGACCCGCUCACGCAUUGAGUACUCACCCGUCACCGGUCAUGUUGCGAUCAUAACCUCAAGGUGGCAGUGUCAGAGCGACUCGCUCGCGGGCCGCGAUGUACUGAUCUUCUUGUUGACAAACCGAUCAUCUCACGAGAGACGCGUGAUCCCCAUGCUGCGACACAUGGCAGACUCAGAGGCGGGCCAGGGUCAUUGA